CAUGGCUUAUUGAAGAAGAUGAAGGGUGCGCGAAAAGAUAUCGUUUCUCGGAGGAGAGGAGACGGAGGAGACCGUAGCCGCAACGAAGCGAGUCACCAGACAGACAGCCGUUAUAAUAAUGGAUGUAAAUACGAAGAUUGCGUCCCCCGUCGCGGGGUCGGUUGCUGAUGGGAGAAACCAUCAUCGAGAUGUUAACGGGGAGUUUCAUCAGGGUAUUUUGCGCAAGAGAGAACCUACUGGCGCCUACAACAAUGAACAUCCAACAAGGUACAAUAUACAGAAAACAAAAGAUUUUGUUAAGAGACAGAAACCUAAAGGACAAUAUCAUGGCGGUGCAGAGACGAAUUCCCAGGUAGUGGAAGAAAGGUUUCCUGAGUAUGGCUCAGUAUUGGUCCCAAUACCAAGAAGUAAAAGAGAGAAUGGCAAUCAUUUGCUGAAUUUUCGCUACAAGCGAAAUAUGACGCGUGACCUACAGAGCAGGGAUGUAGGGAGACAUAGCAACAACAAUAGAUCGCUUCCACCGAUACAGCGGCAUAAGUACAACAAGGAUCAGUUUGUACUAACCAGCUGUCAGUUUGUUGUAAUGCGAAACGGAGAUUAUUCCUCACAUUUGAGGAACCCCGAUCUUCUGGUGGAUUGGAAAUUGGUUGAGCAAGUUAAAUUUUACAAUUCGGAGAGUCUUUCUAUCUGUCCGAUCUGCCUGGAGGCACCAUACGCAAGUAAAAUGACUAGAUGUGGUCACGUUUAUUGUUGGCCAUGUAUUCUCCGUCACUUACACGUUCACGAAGAAACGGAUCAUGUUUACGAGUGUCCGAUUUGCCACGAAUAUAUCUGCAAAAGUGACUUGAAGAGUGUGGUCGAGAUUACACGAAGCGCAGUCAAGUUGGGUGACACGAUCAAUCUACGUCUGAUGCGUCGCGAAAAGAACUCGUUGUUUGCCACACCCGUAGAACGAGCGAUUCAACCACCGACGAACUUCCUUUCCGUUUCGGAAAACAACGUCAAUGGAAUAUAUUCCAAACUUCUCAUUGCGAGUGUGCAAGAUAUUGUGUACAUCAUAGAAUGUGAGCGUUCUGAAUUACAACUCGCGCUUGAAACCAAUUCGGAAAUGAUACUUUACAUCCAGCAAGCGCUUACUGAACUGUCAAAAAGAGAGGAGAAGCUGCUGUUGAAGGCUACCGAGUCCAAAGACGCUUCAAGUACAGAGAACACAGCGGAAAAAGAAGAUGACACCUCGUUGGGAAACGAAUUAAAUGCGAACAGAGACGACAAUAAACCCUUAACAAAGCAGUCUUCGAUAGACAGUGUUUCCAGCGACAAUCAGUCAACUUCAACGUCUCCCAAGUAUUCUUACUUUUAUCAAGCCGAGGAUGGACAGCACAUAUAUCUACACGCGGCAAACGUGAAAAUGUUGGAAAUGCAAUACGGAAGUUUGGAGUUUUGUCCUCCCGUAAUAACGGGUAGGCUUCUCGAGAAAGAGGCGAGCAUAUGUACCGAAGACUUGAGACGAAGAUUGAGAUAUCUCUGUCACUUGCCGCUUACUUGUCCAUUCGAACUGGCUGAGAUCGAAUUGAAACCGCCGCUUGUAUCGGAGGAUGUUCUUCAUGUUUUUGAUGAACAACUGAAGUCGAGACAGAAAUACAGACAGCAGAGAGAGCGCGAGGAGAGGAAAAGAGAGAAGAAGAUCAAGGAAGAGGAGAACAGACAAAUCGGCAUAUAUCCAACGCCCAACAUAGAGAUCGCGUCUUAUCAACAUUUCCCUCAACUCCAGUCGGAAUUAUUUCCCAACGAGCUAUCGAUCGCAGAACCGGCGGCUACGUCGAGUAUGGCUGGCAGUCCGCCUUUAAGCACGUGCGACGACAUCGUCACGAGACAAGAAGCAGCAGACCAUUCGUCGCAGACUCGAUCGUUCGCCGACAUAACAAAAUCAAUGUCGACGAUGUUGAUCACGCAGCACAACAAGUCCGCCUGGCCGGCUGUAAAGUCGAAAACUUAUUCCAAUAUAGCGGGUACGUCCGGCAACGACGACGAGGUAUCGUCUUCUACAGCAGCGACAAGGGCGAACAACAAGUCCGUCAGAGACGCUUGGCCGAUUGUAAAAUCAAAAACGUACUCCGGCAUAUGGGGAACUUCACCUGGCAAAGACGAGGAGAGCAAUGCCACCAAUGUCUGGUCUAUGAAAUCGAAGGAGAGCACGUCGUCAACGUCGUCGAACGAAGACGAAAAGAAACCGUGCGCUUCCGACCAAGCGAACGAUGACGGUAACACGGUUGGCAAAAAGAAGAAGAAGAAGGGAAAGGGGACCGUGUUGUUAACAACUGGCAUGACAUCUGGAUAUUCUAUAUAAAUUACGUGUGUAAUUGUGCGUAUAUUCACAUUUAUAAUUUUUUCCGCGCUAUAUGCGUAAGUGGCAAUCGGUAAUUUCGACGGAUCAAUCGUAGGACAUUUUUUGAUGAUUUCGGCAAUUCUCAUCAUCUCACUUAUUGUUUGACAGCGUACCAAAAAGAAACUUGCGACCAUACGUGUCUUUGCCUUUUGUUUCUGUAUAUAGAAAUUUGUAAAAUUUAUUUGCCAUAAAGGUUCUCGCAUAUUGCGCUUAAAUAAACUUUUACUUAUUUCCCGCCUCAUAUUGUUGAACGUCUGAAUUAUUAUUGACAAGACCCCUAACACACCGCUCUCCUGUUUCGCUCACAUUUCCUGUUUUUUCCUACUUUAUUGAUUAAAAAAAAAGUUCCUUCUAUUUUGUUAUUUAUUUGUAAAAAUUACAGAAGGUCCGUUUCUCGAAGAAUGUGAAUUAAAAGAUCGUCCGAACUUGACACCAAGUGCGAUUAGAACUUCGAUAUUCAAUGUUUUUUUUGUUUUUUUUUGUAACCAUUGUGUAUACAUACAUGUUGUUCAAUUGUACAAUAUCACGCUUCAACUAGCUUAUUUCUACAGGGAUGCGAGAAAGGUAAAGAAAAAUUAGUGUCUUUUAUCCGAUUCGAUCUCUUUCUGUAUAUUUGCGAAGUUUUUUGGAACGUAGAAGAUUAACAACAGAUCUUCGGGAGUUAAAAAUUAUAAGUACAAUACGCAACAAGAUAAAUAGGUGAUUAUAAAGCACAGAUGUGUUUAUCUAAAGUACAAAAGAGAGAAAAAUGAAGAGGAACUUUGAAAAGACGACGAAAUCGUCGUUCGUAGAUACGCAAAAAAAAAAAA